AUGGUUUCUAGAAGUGGUGGUGAAAUUGAAAGUGAUGAACAUCGAAAUAAACGUUAUGAGAAACUAUUUCGUCGACUAGACUGUGAAGAUAGAGGGUACUUAGAUUUUGAAGGGUUGAAGAAGGCUUUUGAAGAGGAUAAACAUCCUUUGCGUAAAAGUGAUGAUGCAAUGGCAGUCUUAUUUGGUGCUAUGGAUACCGAUCAUGAUAAUAGAGUGACGUUAGAGGAUUUUAAAAAGUAUGCCUGUUUAGCUGAGUCACAAAUUCAAAGAGGUUUUCAAAGAAUUGAUUCAGACCACGAUGGUAGAAUUAAACCAUCGGAAGUUUCUAAAUAUCUAUCACAAUUGUUUCCACAAGAUGAAAAAGGAUCAGAUCCUAUGGGACAAGGCAGAUCCAGACUAACACAUUUUUUACAAUGGGCUUUCUAUAGAAACGAUUCCAGUUUGAAAGAGGAGAAAGAACAGGAUUCAAUUCCUUACAUCACCUACGAUCAAUGGAGAGAUUUUCUCAUGUUGGUUCCUCGUAAGGAAGGUUCAAGAUUACAGGCUGCAUAUUCUUAUUUUAGCUUUUUGGAAGGUGAUAUGGAUCUAUCAUCUGAAGGUGACAUGACUUUAAUUAAUGAUUUUAUUCAUGGAUUUGGUUAUUUCAUCGCAGGUGGUAUAUCUGGUGUGAUUUCAAGAACUUGUACGGCACCACUUGAUAGACUAAAGGUUUUUUUAAUCGCAAGAACUGAUCUCUCAUCAACUUUCCUUCAUUCUAAAAAAGAUGUAUUAGUUCAUAAUCCAAAUGCAGAUUUGGCAAAAAUUAGAUCACCUAUUAUAAAAGCAAUAACUACUCUUUAUCGCCAAGGUGGGUUAAGAGCAUUUUACGUAGGGAAUGGUCUUAAUGUUGUAAAAGUUUUCCCUGAAAGUUCAAUCAAAUUUGGUUCAUUUGAAGUGACUAAGAAAUUAAUGAGUCGUCUCGAAGGCUCUGAACCUGAUCAAUUAUCCAAGUUUUCAACAUAUAUUGCCGGUGGUCUGGCUGGUGUCAUUGCUCAAUUCUCAGUUUAUCCAAUCGAUACUUUAAAAUUUAGAGUGCAGUGCGCUCCACUGAAUAACGAUUUAAGAGGCAAUAAAUUGCUUUUCCAAACCGCAAGAGAUAUGUAUCGUGUUGGUGGACUUCAAAAUUUUUACAGAGGUGUUUUAGUUGGUGUUACUGGUAUAUUCCCCUACGCAGCAUUGGAUUUGGGUACUUUUACCAUGAUGAAAAGAUGGUAUACUGCCAAUCAAUCGAGAAAACUCAAAAUUCCAGAGGAUCAAGUUUCCAUUAGUAAUUUAAUCGUUCUACCGAUGGGAGCAUUUAGCGGUACCGUCGGUGCUACUAUGGUUUAUCCCGUAAAUCUUUUGAGAACAAGAUUACAAGCUCAAGGAACAUUUGCGCACCCUGCCACUUAUAGUGGAUUCUCAGAUGUCUUGGUUAAAACUAUUAAAUCUGAAGGUGUCCCUGGUCUAUUUAAAGGGCUGGUACCCAAUUUAUUAAAAGUAUGCCCCGCUGUUUCCAUUAGCUACUUGUGUUAUGAAAACAUAAAAAGCUUUAUGAAGCUAGACUAG